UGUACGUGUAUAUAUAGACCAUAGAGUAACCGUCUCCCACAGUCCUUAUCUCUCUCCAGCUUUCUCUCUCUAACAGUCCAUCUCUCUCUCUCUAACAUUUCAGCUCUCUCUCCAUGGGAACCUUGGAAAUAGAAGCCCCAUUGGCCAAGAAAGUAUCAGACGAUGAGGACAUCUACGACGACGAAGAAUCCCCAAUCGAACAAGUCCGACUGACCGUACCCACAUCCGACGACUCCUCGCUCCCGGUAUGGACCUUCCGAAUGUGGGUCCUGGGCUUGCUCUCCGUCGUCGUCCUCUCGUUCCUCAACCAGUUCUUUGCCUACCGGAGGGAGCCUCUGGUCAUCACCAUGAUCACCGUCCAGGUGGCCUCCCUCCCCAUCGGACGGUUCAUGGCCUCCGUCCUCCCCACCACCCAGUUCAACAUCCCCGGGUUCGGGGCCAGAAAAUUCUCCCUCAACCCGGGUCCGUUUAACAUGAAGGAACAUGUGCUCAUAUCCAUAUUCGCCAACGCUGGAAGUGCUUUUGGGAGUGGACCGGCUUAUGCUGUUGGGAUUGUAAACAUCAUAAAGGCCUUCUAUGGAAGGAAGAUCUCGUUCUUGGCUGGUUGGCUUCUUAUCAUAACUACUCAGGUUUUGGGUUAUGGUUGGGCUGGCCUAUUAAGAAAGUAUGUGGUGGAGCCAUCUCAUAUGUGGUGGCCCAGUACCCUGGUCCAGAUAUCACUAUUCCGGGCAUUGCAUGAAAAAGAAGAUGAAGGCAAAGGAACAGAGGAUGGCAAUGACACAAAGAAGCAAAUGUCGCGAUCAAAAUUUUUCGUGAUUGCACUCACCUGUAGUUUCUUAUGGUACUUGUUUCCCGGUUACUUCUUCUCGGCCUUACAAAGCAUCGCAUGGGUGUGCUGGGCAUUUCCCAAAUCAGUCACUGCCCACCAGCUCGGUUCGGGUUUGUCUGGUCUAGGACUCGGAGCCUUCACAUUAGACUGGACAGUGGUGGCUUCCUUCCUGUUCAGCCCUCUCAUCUGUCCGUUUUUCGCCAUUGCCAAUGUCUUUGUAGGCUAUUUCUUUAUACUCUACGUAGUCAUUCCCACAGCCUACUGGGGGACAAAUGUGUACAAUGCCAAAAACUUCCCCAUAUAUUCAGCCGACUUGUUCACUGCAGAAGGCCAGUUGUAUAACAUAACAGCUAUUGUUAAUAAGAAGUUCGAGAUAGAUAUGGCGGAGUAUAAUAAACAAGGAAGAGUCAAUUUGAGUACGUUCUUCGCUCUUACCUAUGGAUUCGGAUUCGCCACCAUUGCAUCUACACUUACUCAUGUGGCCUUGUUUUAUGGAAGGGAGAUUUAUGAUCGAACCGUAGCUUCUUCCAAGAAGAAGGAGGAUGUGCACACGAGAUUGAUGAAGAACUACGAGGACAUACCUUCAUGGUGGUUUUACUUGCUUCUCGCAGUGACGAUUGUGGUCUCUCUUGCACUCUGCAUCUUCUUAAAGAAGGAGGUUCAGAUGCCUUGGUGGGGGCUUCUGUUUGCAGCUGCCCUUGCCUUCAUGUUUACCCUCCCCAUCAGCAUCAUUACCGCCACCACAAAUCAGACACCAGGGCUGAAUAUCAUCACAGAGUACAUUAUGGGAGUGAUAUUACCCGGACGACCGAUAGCCAAUGUCUGCUUUAAGACCUAUGGAUAUAUGAGCAUGACGCAGGCAAUCUCCUUUCUCAGUGAUUUCAAGCUAGGCCAUUACAUGAAGAUCCCCCCAAGAUCAAUGUUUAUAGUUCAGUUCCUUGGAACCAUCAUUGCAGGAACUAUCAAUAUGAGUGUUGCGUGGUGGCUUUUGCACACGGUUAAAGAUAUAUGCCACAAGGAAGUUCUUCCAGAAAAUAGUCCUUGGACAUGCCCUAACGACCGCGUCUUCUUUGAUGCAUCUGUCAUCUGGGGUCUGGCAGGACCCAGGCGAAUUUUCGGCCCUCUUGGCAACUACGCAGCUCUUAACUGGUUCUUCCUUGGAGGAUUGUUGGGACCAGUUGCGGUAUGGCUCGCGCACAGGGCUUUCCCCAACCAAUCUUGGAUUCCCCUCAUUAACCUUCCAGUACUCCUCGGAGCAACUGCUUCUAUGCCACCGGCAACAGCAUUGAACUACAAUUCUUGGAUAUUGGUUGGGACGAUCUUCAACUUCUUUGUCUUUAGGUACAGGAAGAAAUGGUGGCAGAGGUAUAACUAUAUUCUUUCAGCAGCUUUGGAUGCCGGGGUGGCUUUCAUGGCGGUUCUGCUUUACUUCACCACGGGCUUGGAGGACAAAAGCAUAAACUGGUGGGGUAACGAUAAGAGUAACUCUGAGCAUUGUGCUCUGGCGUCAUGCCCUACAGCCAAGGGUAUAGCAGUGGACGGUUGCCCUAUCUUUUAAGACGUUCAUCUUUGUCUAUGUCUAAAUUUGGUUGGUUUUCAUGACAUGGGAACCCUCACAAUUACCGGCCUUUUGGACUUGUAGCUAAACCCGGAUAUUCGCAAGCAACACUUAUCCGUUAAGUCCGUAUUUGCUGCCAUUGGUAGUUCUAUAAUAGAAUCAAUACAACACUGUUGAAAGUUGGUUGUGCCGAAUACAUCAUUCUGUUCUGAACUUGAAUACUGCGUGUGUGUGUGUGUGUUUUUUUUUUUUUUUUACAAUGUCUGCUUACUUGAUGCCUGUGCCAGCCAGAGAUAUUGGCUAUUCAUUCAAUUCUCUUUAUUUGGAGGUUUGCUUGUAGAGUUGGUGUAUCUUGGUUGUUGAUUUUUUUUUUUUUUU